AUGGGUGGCGAUGUGAUCGGAAAUAUUAAUUAUUUUUGUUCCACUAAAGAUGGUUGUCCUCCCUGUGUAAUACCAUACUCGAUCCCAACGAUGCAAAGAUCAAAUAUUGAGUAUGCAUGUGUUCCCAUGACCAUCCACGACUUACGAGGUAAAGAGAAGAGUGUUGAUCUCGACAAAAAUGCCUUUGAAAUACUUGAGUAUAAUGGUUCCAUACAAGAAGAAUUUGAAGAAGGUAGCGAAGCACAGCAAACUUAUUAUAAAGAGAUAAGCAAUAUUCUCAAGCAACGACUGAACGCUUCUAAAGUCAUUAUCUAUAAUUUUGCUUUUCGGAGUCGAGGUGUGCUACAACCCAAUGAACAGUACGAUGACACUCACAGAGAACCUGCCUUAUAUCCUCAUGUUGAUAUCGAUCCAUCUGCAGUUCAGGAUUUAGUAGAAAAAAUACUUGGCAAAGACGAAAGUGAAAGAGCGAUGAAAAAUCGAAUUCAAAUCAUCAAUGUUUGGCGCCCAUUGCGUACCAAUCCAAUCACAAAAAACUCGUUAACACUUUGUGAUUAUCGCUCAGUUAAUGCCGAUAAAGAUGUUCACUCAUACACAGUUCGUGGAGCAAAGCUUCACACUGCAGGCUAUCUUAUGUCACGCGAUGCUCAAGAUGUUCACAGAUGGUACUAUUUAAGUCAAAUGCAACCUGAUGAAAUGUUUGUUUUUAAAAUGACCGACACCAAGCCUGAUGUGGCUCGGUUUGCCUGCCAUACCGCUUUUAUCAACGAGAACGAGUCCACGCCGAGCGUGAAACAGACAAGUCUUGAAAUUCGCUGUUUGAUUCUCUACGGGGAAUCAUAA